AUGGUGGAAGUCAAGCCUACAUCAAAAUUUGAUAAGCUGGUGGAGAUACAGGCUGGCGGCUUCAUUGGACAGAUGGAAGCUCGCGAAGCGGCUGGAAUAAUUGUGGAAAUGAUUCGUUCGAAAAAAAUGUCAGGCAGAGCAAUUCUGUUGGCUGGACCAAUGGGAACUGGAAAAACCGCGAUCGCUCUUGCAAUGGCACAAGAAUUAGGCGACAAAAUGCCAUUCUGUCCUAUGGUUGGCUCAGAGGUGUUUUCGGCUGAAGUCAAGAAAACCGAGGUUCUCAUGGAGAAUUUUCGUAGAGCGAUUGGUUUGUUCAUAUCCAUAAUCAUUUAG